AUGAGGAAUCUUAAUUUUGACAGCCAUGGACAGCAUUUAGUGCUUUUACUUUCUGGAAGAAGAAAUAUAUGGAAACAAGAACUUGCCUUAUCAUUCAGAGUGUCCAGAGGAGAGACAAAAUGGGAAGGCAAAGCUUAUCUUCCUUGGAGUUAUUUUCCACCCAAUGUGACAAAAUUCAAUUCAUUUGCAAUUCAUGGAUCAAAAGAUAAACGAAAUUAUGAAGCUCUUUACCCUGUACCUCAGCAUGAACUGCAAGAAGGACAAAAACCUGAUUUCCAUCGCCUAGAAUACUUCAAACCUUUCAAUUUUAACACACUGCUUGGAGAAGAAUGGAAACAACCAGAAUCAGACCUAUGGCUAAUAGAGAAACCUGAUGUAUAGGAGUAUAGUAGAUAACCAUAUCAAUCAUUUAUUCUCUUUACCUUUUAAGGGAAACAAAUAAUAAGUAUCAGUCUUUUUUGAGACACCAUGAACACAUUUCACUAACAAAUAGUUUCAUAGAGAUCACUGAAAAUGUAAUAUUUGUCAUAAAUUGUAUAUGAUUAACAAGAAAAUAGAAGGUUUUUAGAUGAUUUCAUUUAUAAAGUUAAAAUGUUUCUCAGAGUCACUUAGUCUAGGAGCCAUGGUUAAAAUAGGUUCUACUUUCUGCCUUGAAUCACAAUUACCUCAGAUAUUCCUGAUUCUGUCACCAAAGUCAUUACUUCUCUUCCCACUUGCCUAAACCUCAGCCUGAGACUGGGACAUGUUAUUUGCACAUUUUGAAUUCCAUGUAACGUAUGAUAACUUUUACCUAGGAAUCUGCUGUCCAUUAUUGAAAUUGGUAGAAAAUAAUGACCUAUUUCAAUUGAACAGGA